AUGGCAGCAGCACAACUGUCAAAUCAAACGUCAUCGUCAAUCCAGCUUCGUCAUGCACCACCAAAAAUCGACAUGGCUUUUUACGAGCAACCCCCUCCGACUACAAAUUCGCCUGUCUAUCAUAUAAUUGUUGCGGCGUAUAAUUUUCGAGGUGUAAAAAAACUGAGAAAUUGGGAUUGGACACGGAUUGAAGCUAUGGUUGAAAUGGUGCGCUCUGUGCGAAAUGAGUUAAUAAAGAAAGGAAUAAUCAAGAAUCCGGUAAUUUUGUUUGGUGAUAGCGUUGACAGAGAUUCUCUUCAUGAUUUAAGACGGGUGGGAAGGUCGUUAGGAGCUGAUUUUACCGAUUCUGAAAAAGAAGCAACACAUAUUGUACAUUUAACAAAUGAUCCUGAUGAUUCUGACGAAGAAUGGUUUAGAACGCUAGAAAAGAAGAAUGGAAAAGUAUUGUUGCAUUGGUGGUAUUAUCCCGAUUCUUACGAUACAUGGAUGGUGGAAACAGCUGAACAUGCGGAUCCUGAACCAGCGCCAGAACAUAAUGGCUCGUGGAAUGUAGGCGCUCGUUGGCUCAGAGAUAGUAAAAAAUUUAAUGAAUGGAUGAACGAAGAAGAUUACGAAAUUACCGAAGAUAGAAGACUUUCCGCCGGGGAGGAUCAAUCUUACAUAUCCGAUUCUGAAACUUCACCACUCCAUAAACGUACUUAUGAUUAUUCUGAUUCACCUUCUUUCAUGGAUAUCGAUUCACAUAGUGGUUUUACAAAACGAUUACGAAUGAAGUCUCCGGAUCCUGAUCCAUCCCCAAAACAUCACAGAGUGUCUGUUAUUGAUGUUGAAGGAAACGGAUCGAAUGCUAGUUUUCGCCCAAAGAAAAGUGAAUAUGAACCAUUACAGACUACAGAUAUCACAAAUAUAUCCCAAGCUAUUCCAAAUUUACCUAAAGUGGCUGAAGAACAACCACUGUCAAUUAGUUCCAAGGUGGAAAUAACGGGAGUCUCUGCAGAAAUUGAAAAUCAAAAAAAUGAAACUAAAGCUACUCAUAAAUCUCCGGUCAACAGUAAGAUAUCAGCGUAUAUUUAUUAUCGUGAUCUUUUAAUUAAUUGGUUUAAUAAUAUAACUAAAUUGAUGUUUAUCCGCAUUAUGACAUGUAAUAAACAAGAAAUUGCAGAGGUUGAAAUGUCCGAACAAGAACAAAAUGAUACAGUGGCCGAUGAGGCAGGAUUUGACUCUCCUGCUAUCAUGAAAGAAGAGGAGGAAGCCGAAAAUAUUGAUAGUCCAGUUGAUAGUAAAAUCAUUGAUGAGAGCAUCCCCGAAAAUGUGUCAGCAGGUGAAACAGCAAGUGGUGGUGGAGUAGAUCCUGAAAUAAUUGCCGCUCAUGCAGAAGAAGAAAAAAAACGUAUUGAGGAAGAGGCACGAAAAUACUUAUCUACACAAACUCAGGAAGUUAUUAUUCCAUCGUAUGCUGCAUGGUUUGAUAUAGCGAAAAUUCAUGAAAUUGAAAGAAAGUCUUUGCCAGAAUUUUUCAACAGUAAAAAUAAGUCUAAAACUCCAAGUAUCUAUAAAGAUUAUCGCGAUUUUAUAAUUAACACAUAUCGGCUUAAUCCUUCUGAAUAUUUGACGGUCACAGCUUGCAGAAGAAAUUUGGCCGGAGAUGUUUGUGCUAUAAUUCGAGUCCAUGCAUUUCUCGAACAAUGGGGGUUGAUAAAUUAUCAGGUUGAUCCAGAAACUCGGCCAUCUACUGUUGGGCCAACCUUCACUGGGCACUACAGAAUCACUGCUGACACCCCAAGAGGUCUUCAACCUUUUCAACCAAGUGCUAUUCCUUCUACUCCGAUGAAUCCACAGAUAGCCGAAGCAUCAACCUCUAAAUCAAUCUCUGCUACUGCUGCUGUUGCUUCCUCAGGGCCUGCCAAAGUAGAAUUAAAUCUUGGUCUUCGGAAAAAUAUUUAUCAAUCUAAUAUCAAGUCUGAAGAGACAGAAGUUCAAGAAAAUGGAAAAACAACUGCUCCUACUGACCCUGCAUCGCCAGACACAAAGAGGCGGUAUAAUUGCUUUACGUGUGGAGUCGAAUGCUCGCGUACAAGGUAUCAUAAUACAAAAACAAAGACUUUAGAACUAUGUGCCAAUUGUUACCUCGAAGGACGAUUUCCUGUAACGAUGAACAGCGGAGAUUUUAUAAAGAUGGACGAUACCCCCUUCAAUCAUGCACAAGAAAGUGACUGGUCUGACCAAGAAACCUUUAAACUUUUGGAAGCAUUGGAAAUGUUUGAGGAUGAUUGGAAUCAAAUAGCAGAAUACGUUGGAACUCGUACCAGAGAACAGUGCAUUCUGCAAUUCCUACAACUCCCCAUUGAAGAUCCUUAUUUAGGAACGACUAUGCAAGAUUUAGGUCCAUUACAGUAUCAUAGAAUACCGUUUAGUCAAGCUGACAAUCCUAUCAUGUCGGUUGUUGCUUUUUUAGCAUCAGUUGUGAGUCCUGGUGUUGCUGCUGCUGCCGCAAAUUCAUCAAUAACUGAAUUCAAAGCGUCACGGAGUAAAGCAAUUAAUAAAGAGAAGAAUAGCGUAAAUGUUGCCGCGACUGCUUUAGGAACUGCCGCAGUCAAAGCCAAAGCUCUUGCAGAAUAUGAAGAGCGAGAAAUCCAGCGGCUUGUAAAUACGGUAAUCGAAUCACAGCUCAAAAAAAUGGAACUCAAACUUCAACAAUUUGAAGAGUUAGAAGAAAUUUUGGAAGAAGAAAAGCGGGAACUUGAAAUUCAGAGAAAUCAAUUGUACGUUGAGAGAUUGAAUCUACGAAAGACCAUUAUCACUACUCAAGAGCAAUUGAAGGCCGUCGCAGCACAGGAUACUGGGUCCUUUAAAGCACCAAUAAGUGGUCAUAGUUAUACAAAUGCUAGUAAUACCAGAGUAUUGUCUCUUACGGAAUACGGUGAAGAGCAAGAACAGCAGCAAUCAGUCUUUCCGCCCAGUCAAGACGAUGCUAAUGAAGUAAUGAUGUCGUUUUGA